AUGAAAGAUCAACGAUUCAAUGAAUCGUUUAUCCGGCGGGCAGUAAUCUGCUUACUGGCUAUAUUCUUAAUAUCUGCCAUUCAAAUAUUUCAAUUAAGUUCUGAUGAACAGUUUCAUCAAAAACUUUUACUUUCACAUCAACGUAAAAUUGUCACUAAUUUUCAACGACGAAAAUUACUCGGAUUCUUAGACUGUUCCUUCAAUAAAACUAAAGAUGAAACGACAAAGUCAAAUGACGCAGGUCAAUUCCCACCAGAUCAAUUCACACUUGAGCAACGACGUCAUGGAGCAAUAAUUUUGCAUAUUUUUGGACUAAUUUACAUGUUUGUUGCAUUAGCUAUUGUUUGUGAUGAAUUCUUUGUUCCAUCAUUGGGUGUUAUCACUGAUAAGCUGGCAAUCAGUGACGAUGUUGCAGGAGCAACAUUUAUGGCUGCUGGUGGUUCUGCACCAGAAUUUUUUACUUCGGUAAUUGGUGUGUUUAUUGCCCAAAAUAACGUUGGCAUAGGUACAAUCGUUGGAAGCGCUACUUUUAAUAUACUUUGUGUGCUUUCUUGUUGCGCACUCUUCUCCCACGGCGUACUUCAUCUGACCUGGUGGCCUUUAUUCAGAGAUGUUGCAUUUUAUGUGAUUGCGUUAUUUAUGUUGGUGAUUUUUUUUCUGGAUGAACAGAUUUUGUGGUUUGAAGCAUUUAGUUUAUUUGUUGUUUACAUUUUUUAUUGUGCAUUCAUGAAAUAUAAUGAAGCCAUCGAGAAUUUUGUCAAAUAUAAAUGUUUGGGUAAAAAAUCAGAGAAUGAAGAAGAAUGCAUGGAUGGAUUAUCAAUUGAAAAAGUAAGCUAG